UAAACCAUUCAUUGGUGGAACCAAACAAACCAAUGAAAAGCCCAAUUAUCUCUGUGACAAAAUUUGCCGACCAUGUCUACCACUUAAGUGCAGACGAGAAUAGAGGUUUCAGCCAGGAAUAUGAGAGCCUCAUGCCUGUGGGCACAGAGCAGACACGUAAGGAUGCUAAUCUUCCUGAAAACAAACCGAGGAAUCGUUUCAACAACGUCCUGCCAUAUGACUGGUGUCGUGUGAAGCUAACCUCAUCAGGUGCAAAUGGGAUGUCAGACUACAUUAAUGCCAAUUAUAUGCCAGGCUACAACAAUAACAGAGAGUACAUUGCCACUCAGGGUCCUCUGCCCUCCACAAUCAAUGACUUCUGGAGGAUGAUCUGGGAGCAGAGAGUGAAAGGCAUUGUCAUGGUAACCAACUGCAAAGAGAGUGGAAAGACUAAGUGUGAGCAAUACUGGCCUGAAGACAGAAAACCCUGCCUGUUUGGAGAUUUUGCGGUCACGCUCAGGUCUGAGAAGAAGGAGCUUUACUGGACAUUGAGGGAAUUCAUGUUGAAACAUAAAAACUACUCAGAGUGUACAGUGAAGCAUUUUCACUUCACAGCCUGGCCUGACCAUGGAGUUCCACAGGGCACACAAGUCCUGAUCCAGUUCAGAGGACUGGUGAGACAGCACAUUGAAAGAGAAGGGACUGAAGCACCUACUGUGGUUCACUGCAGUGCUGGAGUGGGGGGGGCAGGCACCAUCAUUGCCCUGGAUGUUCUACUUCAGCAACUUGAGAAAGAGCGAGCAGUGGGCAUCAACGCCUUUGUGCACAAAAUGAGGCUGAGUCGACAGCACAUGGUGCAAACAGAGUCCCAGUAUGUUUUCUUGCACCAAUGCAUCAUGGACACUCUGCAGGAAAUUGAGAAGAGCGAAGAGAACAUCUAUGAGAAUGACGAUGAUAUGUUCGACGAGAUAUAUGUGAACGCUACUGCACUCCAAGAGUUUAACAACGGCAGCCAAGCUUAACUAGAAUGUCAGUCUCAAUGCACUAAAUGAAAAGCUAAUGUUUAAUUCUACAUGCUAAGUUUGGUUAAACGCUGUAAAUUUGACAAAAUACAUUGUAUAUUUGCUGUAGAUGUGUGCUGCUCUCAAAUGUUAUUUAAGUUUUAUUCCUUAAAUUUUUUAGUGUGUAUAACUAUAAUGAUUAUAAAUAUUAUUAUGAGGGGGAAAACUUCAGAGGACAGAAGAAUGUUUUGAAAUUGCAUAAAGAAAUGUAGGAAGAACAGACUGAUUUUCAAUAAAUAAAAUACUUUUAUUCACA